AUGCUUCGCCGCAGCAGUGGAAGUCUAUUCCGCCGUACGCCCAUCCGCCGCAGCGGCGGUGAGCUGUUCGUCCGCCCCACACUCGAUCAGAUCCCGCCUGCGGAGGAGUGCAAGGGGUUCUUCGGUCGCUUGAAUGGCUCGCGGAAGUUUCUGCGCUUUGUGGACCUGAAAUGGAUGAUGAACCGCGCCGUGGCGAUGCGGCGGGAGUACCUCAUCACCACCCCUACGCUCUACGCGUUUCUGUGGAUGUUCUCGUGGGGGGGAGCGUCGAUGUACUUCUGGGGCGACCGCGCCCCGCCCCGCCGCAUGGACUGGAACACGGAGGAGACGGGACAUCUCCCACACAACUUCGAGCCAACCGUCCUGAGGAAAUCCUUUUAG